AUGUUUGAAGCCCACCACUUACCUGUGCGGCGGCGCCCAGUCCCGACCGACACAACAAAUGCCUACGCUCACUCCCGCACACGCACAACCUCGUCCAACAUCUUCCCCGCCUCCAAUCCGAUGCCUCCCAACCAUAUUCCGCCACAAAACCCGAUGCAGCUUGCCCAGCCACCAGCAGGCUUCAAUCGCCGCUCGCCAUCUGUGAACACGUUCAGUUCGGUAUCCAGCACCGGCAUGGCACCACCUGCUGCAUACCGGACAAGUCCUACCAACGACAUCAGGAGGUCCACGUCAUCUCGGUCAUGCGGCGCUGGCAGCAGCGGUGGGCCGUCGUAUGUCGCCCUGCUCCGCCGCCAGAAAGCCACCGUCUGGUGCGAGCGUGCUCAAUUUGAAGACCCCCGCGUCGCCGCCCAGCAACGCGCCGCCAAGAUGCGUGCCAAUCGCGAGAUCAGUUCCAGUGGCGGCGCAUACGUGUCGAGCAAUGGUAGCGGCAGAACCAGCACCGGCCUGUCGACCGGUGGUAAGGUCGCUGCCAAGAUCCGGCACCACGGCAAGGCGAGCGCUUUGGGCUUUGGUGCCGACAGUAAUUACGUCGGCAUUGCUGGUGUUCCCCUGAGGCUGAGUGCAGCCGAGGUUGAAGGCGAAGACAGCGAAGACGAAGACAUUCCUGCGGCACGCGGACACCACCGCCGAACCGGCAGCAGUGGCCGCAGCAGCACUGCUAGUGGCCGGCGUGUGCCUCCCUUCCGAACCUCGGCCGGUGCCCUCAAUCCCUCAGUCUCAAAUGCACAAAAUGCACCGCGACGGUGGAGCCCUGGCGACACUCCCGAGCGUGCCGGCAGCCUGAUUGACGAUGGGAUAGGAGGUGGUGCUAUGGGCGGGCUCGAUGGCCAGGGCGUCCGUGACGACGCUGCCAGUGGCAAAGCACGCAGCACAGCAAGCGGCAGCAGCGCAGAGCGUGCUGACAACGUUCCAGAUCUCAGCAGCGUUGGGCGGAUGCCGCCCAACAGCACCAGCCAUGCGGCUUUGACCCGCGAAAAGAGUGUUAGGAAUCCCGACGAUUUACGUCGGCGAGGAAGCGUCGACGAGAGGACUAUGACUCUCUCGACCGGCAGGCUCUUUAUCGCCAACCCAGAUUAA